CGAAGCGCAGUGAUAGUCGCUGCUUAAACCUUCCCCUUUGUUAAACCCUCUUUAUCUCCUCCUAAGCCUGUCCACUCUUCACUAAGUCUCUGAAACGGAAGAGUGAAAAAGCCAUGGCCGUGGACAAGGACAAGCUUCAAGAAGAAGCCUUCAUUGUCCGUUUCUGUAAAAUUAUUCUUGGCUGGGACUAUUUUCGCCUCCUCAAAUUAUCUAACAAAAAAGGCGAAGACAAGGCAAAGUCGGCUCUAAAAGAAGUGAAGGAUAAGUACAAUGAUGUCGAUGAUUACUUGGCCACUUUCGAGCCGCUUUUAUUCGAGGAAGUUAAAGCUCAGAUCGUUCAGAGAAAAGAUGAGGAGGAAGUGACUGAUUGGAAGCUGAGGUUGGUCAUGGAAUUCAAUGAGGCCGAUGGAUUUUACUUACCUGCCAUUACUUACGAAGCAGGGGAGGAAGAAUCAAUAUCGCAGAAUGACCUUUUGCUGCUUUCAAAAGAGGAGUUUAAAGUAGGUAGCAAAAAACUCCCAACAACAUAUGCAUUUGCAUUGGUGGAGCAUAGACAAAAGAAUACGCUUAGACUCAGAAUGUAUUUAGCUGGAGAGUUCACACAAGUAAAUCCUGAUGUUGAAAAAAGUUCUGCAAGGUUGAUGCGUAUGCAGGCUCUUAUCACUUCUACUGCUACUGCAGUGGAGAAACGUUUGUUCAGCAUAAAGGUUUGUAGUUUAUCAACUAUUGCGCGAGAAUAUAUAGCUCUGUGUUCAGUUGGUUUUCUCCCUUUCAAGGAUUUAAUACUUAAAGCUGCGGAAAGAGAUUCUGGUUCUGAAGACCAAGCCUGGAAAAUAUCUGAAUCCCUUCAUGAUUAUUUUAAGGAGAAUCUCAACAACUCUCAACAGGAAGCUAUACAUGCGGGUCUAUCUCGUAAAGCAUUUGUCUUGAUACAGGGGCCACCUGGAACAGGGAAGACACAGACCAUCCUUGGUCUCCUGAGUGCUAUUUUGCAUGCAACUCCAGGAAGAAUGCACUCUAAGGGUGGAUUGCUUGAACUAAAGUGUGGACCAGAACUACCCAUUGAAGAAAAAUACAAGCAUUGGGGACGAGCUUCUCCAUGGUUAAUGAGUGGCAAUCCCAGGGAUCUUAUCAUGCCUAUUGAUGGUGAUGAUGGUUUCUUUCCCACCACUGGAAAUGAGAUGAAACCAGAAGUUGUUAAUUCCAGUCGGAAAUACCGGUUAAGGGUGCUGGUAUGUGCACCGUCGAAUUCUGCUCUUGAUGAGAUUGUUUUUCGCCUUUUAAAAACUGGUGUUCGGGAUGAAAAUGUUCGUGCAUAUACUCCUAAAAUUGUUCGCAUUGGUCUUAAACCACACCAUUCUGUAGAGGCAGUCUCUCUGGAUUACCUUGUUAAUCAAAAGCGGGAUUUGGUUGACGAUAAUAAGCAGAAACAAUCUUCCUCGGCAAGGGAGGAUCUAGACAGUAUUCGUGCUGCAGUUUUAGAUGAGGCUGUUAUUGUGUUCUCCACUCUCAGCUUCAGUGGUUCAGCAUUGCUUUCUAAACGGAAUUCCGGUUUCGAUGUUGUUAUAAUAGAUGAAGCCGCUCAAGCUGUAGAAGCUGCUACUCUUCUUCCUUUGUCCAGUGGCUGCAAACAAGUAUUUCUGAUAGGUGAUCCAGUUCAAUUACCAGCUACUGUAAUUUCGCCUGUUGCUGAGAAACAUGGCUAUGGCACAAGCUUGUUCAAGAGAUUUCAGAGGGCUGGUUAUCCUGUAAAGAUGCUGAAGACCCAGUAUCGUAUGCAUCCUGAGAUAAGAAGUUUCCCUUCAAAGGAGUUCUAUGAUGAGGCAUUAGAAGAUGGCUCAGAUGUUCAAGAUCGAACUACUCGUGAAUGGCACAAAUACCGCUGCUUUGGACCAUUUUGCUUUUUUGAUAUACAUGAAGGGAAAGAGUCGCAACCCUCAGGAAGUGGGUCCUGGGUAAAUAAUGAUGAGAUUGAAUUUGUUCUUGCUAUGUAUAGUAAGUUGAUAACCAUGUACCCAGCACUUAAGUCAAGCUCUCAAUUUGCAAUUAUAAGCCCUUAUAGACAUCAAGUGAAGCUUUUGCAAGAGAAAUUUCAGGAAACGUUUGGGGUUGAUUCGAAAAAGGUUGUGGAUAUCGGUACCAUUGAUGGUUUCCAGGGACGGGAAAAGGAUGUUGUAAUAUUUUCUUGUGUUAGGGCAAGCAAAGAUAGAGGCAUAGGCUUUGUGGCUGAUUUUCGGCGAAUGAACGUUGGGAUCACCCGAGCAAAGUCUUCUGUACUGGUUGUAGGUUCAGCAUCAACACUGAAGAGGGAUGAGCAUUGGAGCAACCUAGUAGAAAGUGCCGAGAAGCGAGACUGUCUCUUUAAGGUAGGGAAGCCAUAUGCAUCAUUCUUGAAUGAUGAAUAUCUGGAGUCGAUGAAGGCUGUUACCAAGGAUGCACAAAUGGUGGAUGAAAUGGACGAUGAGGAAACUAAUGUGCCCUACAAUACGGGCGGAGCCGAUCAAGCACCGGUGGAAGACAAUGACUAUGGAGAAGGAUACGGAGAUGGAGACGUGGGGGGUUAUGAUGAUGACUAAACACAACUUUC